GAUUAUGAAAGACCUCGAGAAACGAUUUAGUGCAGAUUACCUCUUCGACUGAGUUGUACAAGGCAGGCUUCAACGUACCACUACAAUUGAUGCAGGAUAGAAAACGGCCACCAAAUUCUGAGCCGGAAUUUUCUGCAUAAGCGCGCAGCUCAUAUUGUUCGGGCAGGCCAAAUGAGUAAUAGACAAACUUCAAUUUACUCUUGGCCACGGAAUGCAAAACAUGUAUUCGACUUCACUUUGAAGGCUUGUGGAUCAUUGACGUUAUUUUGAUGAGAAAUAACCAUAUCAAGUACAUAUCACGUGCCAGCUUGAUGAACUUCGACCUUACUAAUCUCUUGUGCGAUAAGGAGAUUUGACUGCUUAUCGAACCCCGCGGCGCAAGAUCAAAUCCUAUCGUCCUACUCAUGCCAUAGCGAGAUCUUUAAAUUGUUUUGAUAUCUUUUUUGCGAUUGUUUUUGGCGAAGCUCGAUUAGUAACACCAAACAAAGCUACAAAACCAUUCUAUACAAUGGCAGCAAACAAUUACGAAGCUGCAAUCACUUUGAUUGAUGAAGCUCAUGCUUUAGACCCAAACAUCAGCAUAAUAAAUGGCGAAAGUAUACCUUAUGAGCUUCACUACGCACAAAAGAUGACACACUAUCUUUCUCUCCGCGCUCCCGAUGCUUCUCCUAUUCUCAAAGUUGCCGUGCGAGCACAACAUUUUCGACGCUGGGAGGUUCCACGAUCUUCUUAUCCGAUGACGAAACCUGGGUAUUUGAAUUGGAGAUCCUUUCUCAAGAAACGACAGGCUGAUCUUGCAUCUGCGAUAUGCAUUGGUUGCAAUUUUACAAGUGAGGAAGCGGAGGAAGUGGCUAGAUUGAUCAGGAAGGAGGAUCUGAAGAAAAAUGAGGAAACUCAAAUAUUGGAGGAUGUUGCUUGUCUAGUGUUUUUGGACGAUCAAUUUGAGGCAUUUGAGAAGGGUCAUGAUGAAGAGAAGAUUAUUUCAAUUCUGAGAAAGACGUGGGGCAAAAUGAGUGAGGAUGGGCAUCGUUUGGCCUUACAGAUACCGAUGAGCGAUUCAAGCAAGAGUUUAAUUCAGAAGGCUUUGGGAUGAAUUCAGAUAUGUUGGGUUAAUGAAGUGCAUGAUAUGGUCAUGGUCUUGAGGUGCGAAGACUUGUUUAUAUAUUGUAUAGUACAUUGGGUUAAGCAAGCUACAAAAGGGCGGGUAUUGAUGGGCUGUGAUGGGUUGGGUGAUGCAAGCUAAUAUGUCAAUGGCAUUGGGCUGGGUAUACUUCUGGCGUCUGGAAAGCUCGGGGAUAGCUUUUUGGAAAUGUGGAAUUGGAGUAAACACGCUGGUGAACUUCUGGCUGAGGUUUUUGCUGUCAAAAGGAUCUUAUGAGACUGAUGGUAUUUAUCCUGAGAUUGUGUUGUCAAUUAUGGUAUAUUAGGUAUGUAUUCAAGAGCGACAUUAGCAA